CGGGGUAGUUGAGGGAAGAAGCCAACAGGGCCGCCGCCAUGGGGAAGUCGGAUUUUCUCAGUCCUAAGGCUAUCGCCAAUCGCAUCAAAUCUAAGGGGCUGCAGAAGCUGCGCUGGUACUGUCAGAUGUGCCAGAAGCAGUGCCGCGAUGAGAAUGGCUUCAAAUGUCAUUGCAUGUCUGAGUCCCACCAGAGGCAGUUGCUGCUGGCUUCUGAAAAUCCUCAGCAAUUCAUGGAUUACUUUUCUGAGGAGUUUCGAAAUGAUUUCCUAGAACUGCUCAGGAGGCGAUUUGGAACAAAGAGAGUCCACAAUAAUAUUGUGUACAAUGAAUAUAUCAGUCAUCGAGAACACAUCCACAUGAAUGCCACACAGUGGGAGACGCUGACUGAUUUUACUAAAUGGCUGGGCAGAGAAGGUCUCUGUAAGGUUGAUGAGACUCCAAAAGGCUGGUAUAUUCAAUACAUCGAUAGAGACCCAGAGACUAUUCGGAGGCAACAAGAACAAGAGCGGAAGAAGAAACAGGACCUUGAUGACGAAGAAAAGACUGCUAAAUUCAUUGAACAACAAGUUAGAAGAGGUUUGGAAGGGAAAGAAGUGGAAAAGCCAGUCUACACUGAACUGAAUAGAGAAAAUGAAGAAGAAAAAGUCACAUUUAAUUUAAACAAAGGAGCAAGUACUUCAAUACCAGCAUCUUCUAAAACAAGCAGUGUCCUUGGACCAAAUGCACUGAAGAUGGUGGAAGGGGCAGUUAAAAGAAAAGAAUCAGCUCAUAGCUCUGGUCAGUCCAAAGAGAAAAAGAAGAAAUCCGCACUGGAUGAGAUUAUGGAGCUUGAAGAGGAGAAGAAAAGAACAGCUCGAAGAGACUACUGGUUGCAGCCUGAUAUUGUUGUAAAAAUUGUAACAAAAAAGCUUGGAGAGAAGUAUCACAAGAAGAAGGCAGUUGUUAAGGAAGUGAUUGACAAAUACACAGCAGUUGUGAAGAUGAUUGACUCUGGAGACAAACUGAAGCUUGAUCAGACGCAUCUGGAGACUGUAAUACCUGCACCAGGCAAGAAAGUGAUGGUAUUAAAUGGUGGCUACAGAGGAAAUGAAGGCAUCUUGGAAUCUAUCAAUGAAAAGAGGUUUUCAGCUACAAUAAUCAUCGACUCUGGACCUUUAAAAGGACGCCGAGUUGAGGAUAUCCUGUACGAAGACAUUUCCAAACUUGCCUGAGGCACGAAUAGUGGAUCAGAGAAAAUUUUGGUUCCCAGAAACAUCUUCCUGGCAUCUUGCAGGCAGACACAAGACUCUACUAUGUCAGGGUUUUUAGUGUGUGUAUAUAUGUAUUUAUAAUGUAUAUAGAAAUCAACCACAAGCAAACUGGAUUUAUUUAAAGAUCAUUAUGGAUUUGUAACAUAAAAUGUUUGUGGAAAUCUUAUCAGUGAAAAUAUUUCUUCUAAUUGUGUCAAAGUUAAGUUAUAAUAUUUGGUCCAAUUUCCCUUUGUAAAAUAUAGCAGGUAGCUGCAAGCUGGAGUAUUUUAUUUACUGAAGUGUGUUAACAGUUCCAUAAGAGAGUGAAUGACUUACCAAUAGCUGCUUGAGGCAGGCAGUGUGUGUCAGAGCUACUGCAGCUUAAACAACACACUUCUCAAUCUGCAGUCAAAAUUGAGUUCUGGCUGCACGAACAAGGGAAGAGAUUAAGACAAUACCAGAAAGGUAGUAGCGCUGCAAGGGAUUAUUUUCCUGGAUUUGGUAAGAAUGGCCUGGUACCUUAAGUGCUGUCACCAACUUAGUUUUGAUUAGCGCAUCAGAAAUAGUAGAAUCCAAGUCAUUGCUCCUCUGUCCUCUUGUUUGCCAAGGUUGCUAAUCAUAGUAAUAUGCAAUUUAUCUUCACAUGAACUCCAAGGUGGCUAUUCCUUGUGGGGUUUCUAGGAUGCUAGCCAAAGUGUGUGCAGGUAGGAAUUGGUGGUUGCUGUUUUGGCUUCCUCUUCCUUUGUUCAUAUUUCCAUUGUUUCCUUGCCCUGCUACAUGAGUAACCUUAUUCAUGUAAAUGAUUUAACAUGACUCAUUUUUUAAAAAAAGUCACAUUUUGUACAAUGUUUAUUUUUUGAGGCAGUUCAGAAAUAAACAUAAACCUUUCUUAGGUCAGUGUGUUUUUAUCAGCCUUUUAAAUGUGUGGGGCAGUACUUGGUUGGUUUAUAUUCACCAUAAAGUAUCCAGCUGGUGUUUUGCCUUUUUUAUGUAAAAGAAACUAUUUGUCCCAGGCGUAAUAGGAACUGAUCAUCACCUGAUGGUCCAGCCCACCUCUGGUUUGGUUCUAUGAAUCUGAAACCUAAGGAAAGAGAAUCGAUAUCCCCUCUGCCCCUCACAGGAGAUCUUGGCUGAGGGUUGAAGAGGGCAAGAUGCUGUAAUAAUGCACACAUCAGUUAUGUUGCAGUCUAAGAGUUCAAGGUCACUACAGGCAAAAAUUACUGUUCUUGUCCCUUUCCUUUCUCAAAGGGUCACUGUCUUGUUCGUGUGUGGUUUCCAGGGGACCUCUGCAGGAAAACGGAAGGACUGCAGAGGUUUAGUGAAAUAGCUCCUCUCAGGAACAGCCUGAGUAACCUAACACGGGACAUCAACUGGCUUUACAGCAAUCCUGGCCAUAAAUUCAAGGCAGAGUCAAGCAGUAAUGCAGUAUCCAAAGAAUGGAGGAUUAUGAGGAAGGGAACUGGAGACAGAAGAUGGACUUGUUUGUUUAUUUAGGCUGUUUAAGCAACCUGUAUAGUGUAAACAGCUCUGCCUUUUCUCAGAGAACGGGUACUGUAGGAGAGUAAUAAGGAUAAGUGAAAGAACAGAGCAGCUUCUGUGCCACUGAGAGUAAUUACACAUAAAAGUCUGGAGCUUGAAUUAUAGAAUGGUUUGGUUGGAAAAGACCUCUAAGAUCACCAAGUCCAAGCAUACCCCAUACCUGUCCACUACCAAAUCAUAUCCCUGAGCACCUUGUCUACCCAUCUUUUAAGUACCUCCAGGGAUGGUGACUCAACCACCUCCCUGGGCAGCCUCUUCCAAUGCCUGAGAACCCUUUCAGUGAAGAAAUUUUUCCUGCUGUCUAAUCUAAACCUCCCCUGGUGCAACUUGAGGCCAUUUCCUCUUGUCCUAUCACUUCUUAUGUGGGAGAAGAGACCAGCACCCACCUUGCUACAACCUACUUUCAGGGAGUUGUAGACAGUGAUAAGGUCUCCCCUCGACCUCAUUUUCGCUAGGCUAAACAACCCCUGUUUCCUCAGCCUCCUCGUAAGACUUGUUCUCCAGUGCCUUCACCAGCUUUGUUGCCCUUCUCAGUGUGCUCCAGCACCUCAAUGCUCUUCUUUGUAGUGAGGGGCCCAAAACUCAGCACAGUAUUCAAGGUAUGGCCUCAUCACCGCUGAGUACAGGAGAAGGAUGAUUUCCCUGGUCCUCCUGGUCACACUGUUUCUGAUACAAGCCAAGAUGCCAUUGGCCUUCUGGGCCACUUGGGCACACUGCUGGCUCAUAGUCAGCCGCCUUUCAACCAUCACCCCCAGGUUCUUCACCAGGCAGCUUUCCAGCCACUCUUCCCUUCUGUAACUGAACAGUUAGAGCGAGUGUUGUAUAUGUGUGAAGUUAUGAAAUCUGUGGAGAUGAACAGAGAAUGAUUCUUCACUGCUUGUUUUCACAUCCAAGUGAAGAAACAGGCAGUGGAAUUACAGUUGUGGGGCUUUAAAAACAAACUUCACAGGUUUUCUCUCUGCCCCACAGGGCCGAGUUAAACUGGGGAGCUCACUGCUGCAGGAUGUUGUGAAGGGUGAAGCGAAAUGAGUUCGCGGAAACAAUAUCUUCUAGGGAAGAUACUUUGAGACACUUAAAACACAUUGGUCCUCUUGCUCCCAACACUGGCUGUAAGAAAGAUCAGAUACCAGCCCUGAGCUUGUAGGUAAAGGAAACUAAAGUUCAGAAUGACAAGUAGAUUACUUGAGUCCCCUCCUUAUAUUAGGGCUGCUGAGAAGAAUGUCACUCUUUUUGCCUAAGGUUGCCUGAAAGCAGAGUUUUAAAUGUGGCUCUAGGUGCAUACAUGUGUAUUUGUUUCACAGCUGGUCUCAUUUAUCAUUGAAUACUCUUGAAGAGAAAGACUUAUUUUGGGAGCUAAUCCUUCUGGAUGGAAAGGUUUAGUACUUAUGGUGACUUCUAUGUAUCUUGAUUUUUUUUUUUUCAUGCUCUCACAGAUUUAUAUCUGGGUGUGAACUUCACUGUGAUGUUGCAAAUUUCACAGAAAUAAGCUGUAGGACAUCCUCGACUCAUCUAAUUAAUAUUUCUGCAAUAUGGCAGCAUCAGCUGCUUCAAGGGUGUUCCUCACCACUGAUUAACUUAUCCUUAAAGACUGGAGACUCCUCAUGAUGCCCAUUCCAGAGCCUGCAUUCCUUUUCUGUUUGAUUUCCUUGUAUCUAAUGCACGUCCUCCUGGCUAGGCUUCAA